GAGCCUCAUCUUGGUCCUUUUUGCCUGUCCAGACACUAACUCCCCAUUGCCCUGUGGUCGUGGGGGAAAGCAGAAGGAAGUGGGCACGUCACAGCGGUGCACCUCGAGGAGAGGUCGACAAGGAGCAAACCGCCAGGAGAGGUCCAGUCUCCUAAGAAUAACUGUGCUUAAAGAAGACAGUUCUCAACAUGGAAAAACCAUGCAAAGAAAACGAAGAACAGCCACCGAGCAAGCCAAAGAUCAGUGAGGAGCGGCCUCCUUUGGAGCACCCUCCGGAAAAGCACUCCCCCGAGGAACAGUCUUCGGAGCAGUCCUCGGACGAGGAGUUCUUUCCGGAAGAACUCCUUCCUGAGCUCCUUCCUGAGAUGCUACUUUCUGAGGAGCGUCCUCUUCAGGAGAGCCUUUCUAGGAAGUACCUUUUUGAGGAGCGCCCUCCAAUGGAGCAGCCUCCUUGUGGAGUAGGAAAAGAUAAGCUAGAAGAAGGAAGUUUUAAAGAAAGGCUGGCUCGUUCUCGCCCGCAACUAAGAGGGGACAUACAUGGCAGGAAUUUAACCAAUGAGGAGAUGAUAAAGGUAGCAGAUGACAUGGAAGAGAUGAAAAGAGUAAGAAACAAAUUGAUGAUAAUGCAUUGGAAGGCAAAACGAAACCGUCCUUAUCCUAUUUAAUGUGCUCUGCUUUGAAUUCUGUUUUGCCUCAUAUUAGUAUUGCCACCUGAAAUUUCUGUUUGCAUUUUCUUACAGAUCGUUUCCUAUCUUAUUAAUUUUAACUUUUUGCGUGGCUUUGUUUUAGGUGUUUCUCUUGUAACUGGUAUAAAACUGUUUUUAUUUCCCUACAAUCUGCAAGUCUCCCUCUUUCCAUCAUGAAUUUCACCCCAUAUGCACGGAAAGGUGUACUUUAUAUAGUAAAGUGAAAAGAACAGUUUUCAAAAAGUAUAUAUAGUAUCCUGUUUUUGUAAAAAAAAACUUGUAUAUUUAUAUAUUAACAUACAGAGAAAAAAAAAACUGAAUGUAUAUGCACCAGAAGCUUAACAGUGACUAUCUGUGGUAAGAUAAUAGGUAUUUUUAUUUUGUUUUUUUAUUUUUGCUGUAUCUGAAUUUUUUUAGUUUUUCAAGAUGAACUUGUGUCAUGCUUAAAAAAACAACACAAUGACAUAAUGAAAAAAUAUGAAGCAAUAAAAAAAAACUGCCAUUCAGUUCAUAUGGUCAAUGGGACACUUAAUAAAUACUUGUCAGAACUUAAAAAAAGAAAAAAACAUAUCCCAAGUUUCUUCCGAAUCUCUUAGGUAGAAAUAUAAGUCAGGUGCUUAUUACAUGUUUAAGGGUCAGUCAUUUCCCAGCUGAAUAGGAAUAAUACUUGCCUUUCAGAGCUGCUGUGGACCCAAAUGAGAUAAAGAUUGUGUGAGCUAUGCUUGUCUCUUUUCCCUCACUUGCACAUACAGGACCCCAAGCCCUAUAGAUUCCCUUCAGACAUAAGGGAUAGUACCCAAAGGAGGUCUCACUUGUGCUCACAAACAAUUCCUGUGAGAUUCCAAGUGAGUACUAUAUUCUGUUCCUUUCCUACUAUGCUGUUCCCUUGGAUACUGCCAUGUCUGCUAGCACAGCUGCCUAUCAACCAGAAACAUGCCAAAGUACUUUGUAAGUACACACACACACAUAUAUAUAUCAGCUACCUUUAUACCUUUAUAUAAAGCUACCUUUAUAAAACCUAAGAUUUUUUAUUGAUCCUGUUAAUUCUAGAAACACAGGUGGUAGUUUUUUGUUUUUUUUUUAAGUUAUAACUCAGUUAAGAACCCUAAGUUCUUGAAUCAUCUCUGUCCUUGUUUGGGUAAUGUUCAUUAAGUAUGUUCACUUCUCUAGUAAGUAUGGUUUAUAUUUCCAAAAGGAAACCCAAUGGGGGAAGGAUUGUUUUCCAAAAUUCAACAUUAAAAUUAUUUUAAUAUUU